AAGCAGCUGCGGCUUUCGCUUCCACAGCAAUUUUAUUUCGUGAUUUUUUUAAUGAUACUGAUUACGCCAGCACAUUAAUAUCUCAUGCUAUAAAUGUUUAUACUUUUGCCGAAAAUCAAACCUUAAAAUUGUCUUCGUCAUCUGUCCCUGGAACUUUUGGAUAUAGUACUUCAACAUACACUGAUAAAUUAGUUUAUGGUGCUAUUUGGCUAUAUAAAGAUACCAAUCACGCACAAAACUUAGACAAGGCAAUAAAUUAUUAUAGACAAUUCCAAUUACAAAAUAGUCUAAGAAUUAUGUCAUGGGAUGAUCAAACAGGAGCCUGUAAUAUCUUAUUUGCUCAGAUAUACCAUGGUAAAUCAAAUGAAAAUUUCACUAUUUGGAGUAAUGAAACUGAACGUUACUUGGAUAGAAUAAUGACAAAUCAAAGUAAUUGUAAUUUGACAAACGGUGGACUUUUAUGGUGUAAAGGUGAUAGUGGAGCAGCUUCAAUACCAAUUUCUCUUUAUGGUGCCUUUGGGUUUUUUAUGUAUUCUUCUCACGCAUCUACCACAGAAAAA